CUGUCCCCGCUCUCGCGAGAGCUGGCAGGUGGAAAAUGGCGCCGAAGUGAGCGCGAGCCUGCGGCCGCCCAGGGAAUCGCCACAGCCUCAGCCGCAGCCGCCGGAGUCGCAGGAACAAGAGGCUGAGCCGGGUCGAGGAUGGAGGAGGAACCCUCGGGGCCCAGUCCGGACAUGCCGGCCACUGCAGAGCCCGGCUUCACGGAGACUGACAAAGAGGUGCUGUCCCCAGUCGUGGCUUCUGCAGCCACCCCCUCUUCCAUGGGGGAGGAGCCAGGCCCUGACCCGGCAGCCACACCCCCAGUGUGGGACCGCGGAGGGCCUGGAGGGACCCAGCAGGGCGCUCCUUCAGCCCCAGACAGUGGCCAGCCUGGCCCUGGAUCCAGCCUUGACCCGACCAGCGCAGUCUCUGGGACCAGCGAGGACCUGAGGCCUCCCAGACGACGCCAACAACCAGGGAAGCAGAUACCCUGCUCCAGCCCCGGGUGCUGCCUCAGUUUCCCCAGUGUUCGAGACCUGGCACAGCAUCUGCGUACCCACUGCCCACCCACACAGUCCCUGGAAGGCAAGCUCUUCCGCUGCUCGGCCCUGAGCUGCACCGAGACCUUCCCCAGUAUGCAGGAGCUGGUGGCACAUGGCAAGCUGCACUACAAGCCCAAUCGCUACUUCAAGUGUGAGAACUGCCUCCUGCGCUUCCGCACGCACCGCUCGCUCUUCAAGCAUCUGCAUGUUUGCGCCGAGCAUGCGCAGAGCCCGGCCCCGCCGCCACCCCCCGCCCUCGACAAGGAGCCACAGGCGCCCGAGCGUCCCCCGGAGUCCGACGCUGCGUCCGCGCCGGGCCUGCCCUUCCCGCUGCUCGAGCCCUUCACGGCCCCCGCCCCUGCCCCCGCCGGGCCCUUCCUGCACUACUUGAACCCCGCGCCCUUUGGCGUGAGCCCUCCACGCCUGCGCCCCUUCCUGGCCGCGGCGCCGGGGCCGCCCGCCUCCAGCGCCGCAGUCUGGAAAAAGAGCCAAGGUGCCGGCGGCAGCCCUCGAAGACCCCAGGGCGGCUCCGACGCGCCCUCAGGGCACGCGGCCCCCAGACGCAUCGUGUGGGAGCACACGCGCGGCCGCUACUCGUGCAUGCAGUGCGCCUUCUCCACCGCCUCGCGGCCCGCCAUGACCCUGCACCUGGAGGACCACCGCCCCUUCGCCCCCGCGGCCCCGGCGCCCGGGCAGCCGCGUCCCGACGCGCCGCCGGGUAAGGCCGAGGAGCGCGCGGGUGGGGAGGGCGGGGGCCCCGAGGCUCGGGCGCCCCCUCCCCUGCCCCACCCAGACCCGGCCCCGCUGGCACCCAAGGUGUCUCCGCUGCUGUCAGAGGGGGAAUGUCCGGUUUUCUCGCCGUUCUGAACCCGGCCUUGGGGGGGGGGGUGGCGCUGAACUGUGGGGUGUGGUGUGGGUAGUUUUGUAAUUUUAAUGAGGCCUAAGUGCAGAGGGUCGGGGGACAAUAAAAGAAACGCGAUGAGCUA